AUGGCUAGAAUGGGAGAUAUGACUGAGGAGGAACCCGAGAAACCAGUGGCUCUCCCUGAUCCACCGAAGGAUGUUCCAAAGAAGUCGGCCAAAGAAACAGAGUCGAAGGCAGAGGGGAAAAAGAAAGUUGCUCAGCCAGCAGCCUCAUGAUCACAUUCUAGCUUCUGUCUCGUGAGGAGGACUUGGCUAUGGGGGGUGGCAUGAAGGAUCAGGUUAUUUCUAUUUCACUUUCGAAGAAUGGCUGUAUCUUUUUUUGUUGGCUGUGCCCUUGAAACUGUGUGCGAUUUUGGAAUCUUGGAUGAAGAGCGAUAUAGUUUUAGCGAUAUGAUUUCUAAUGAUUGAGGUAGAUAGCGGUACAAGCG